AUGCCAACUUCUCAAGAACAAUCAAAUUCAGCUGGUAACCAUCUAUACCAACACCAGCUUAUGAAACCAACUGAUUCAUACAACAGUCAUUACAAAAUAUUACAAAGCAAUUCAUCAUGUCUUGGUAGUAGUCAUGGAACCAAUGUUUCUUUCGGAACAAGCAACAAGGAGAAAAAAUUCUUUACCUUGGAAUCAUCUCAACCAAAUUCCGAUUUCUUAGCUUUUGAGUCUCCUUCAUCCGCUAGUGUUUCGUCCAACAUCAGAAGUCCUUUUUCUCGGCAACUUUCUCAGGAUUCCGCCUCUAGUGUUGUUGUUGAUGAUGAUAGAUUUGAGUUGAAAAAAAAACUCAGAGAAUUGGAGAUUUCGUUGUUAGGUCCCGAGUCAGAUAUCGUCGACAGCUGUCAGAGCUUCUCGAACGGUGUGUCUCGAUAUAAUUGGGGUGAGAUUCAAGAAAUGAUUCCAAAGAUGGAUUUGAAGGAAAUACUUAUUAAAUGUGCACAAGCUGUUUCUGAUGAUGAUAUUGCAACGGCAUUGGGAUUCAUGAACAAUGUGCUGGAAAAGAUGGUAUCGGUCGGCGGUGAACCUAGUCAAAGAUUAGGUGCUUAUAUGUUAGAAGGUUUAAGAGCGAGGUUGGAAUCGUCGGGGAGCGCGAUUUAUAAAUCGUUCAAGUGUGAAGAACCAACAAGCAAAGAAUUGAUGAGUUAUAUGUAUAUAUUGUAUCAGAUUUGCCCUUAUUGGAAGUUUGCUUACUUAACUUCCAAUGUUGCCAUUUCGGAAGCUAUGAAAAAUGAGUCGAGAAUUCACAUAAUCGACUUCCAAAUUGCACAGGGAACACAGUGGUUGUCACUCAUGGAGGCUCUCGCGCGUAGACCGGGCAGGCCUCCUUUUAUUCGUGUAACAGGUGUCGAUGAUUUCCAAUCGCUUCACGCUAGAGGCGGAGGACUUGAUAUCGUAGGAAAAAAGCUAAUGGAUUACGCUAAAACUUGUGGAAUUCCGUUUGAGUUCAAUAGUGUUACAAUGUUUGGAUGCGAGGUUCAGCAAAAAGAUUUUGUACUUCAAAAUGGCGAAGCUCUGGCUGUGAAUUUUCCUUUUACUUUGCAUCACAUGCCGGACGAGAGUGUGAGCACGGAGAAUCAUAGAGACCGGCUUUUGAGAUUGGUUAAGAGUUUGUCGCCUAAGGUUGUGUUACUUGUGGAGCAAGAAUCAAACACAAACACUUCUCCGUUUUUUCACAGGUUUGUCGAGACUAUGAAUUAUUACACGGCUAUGUUUGAAUCAAUCGAUGUGGCUCUCCCUAGAGAUGAUAAGACAAGGAUAAGUGUAGAACAGCAUUGCGUCGCACGAGAUAUCGUUAACAUGAUAGCUUGUGAGGGGAAUGAGAGAGUGGAAAGACAUGAAAUGUUUGGAAAGUGGAAGGCAAGAUUAUUAAUGGCGGGUUUUGUUCCGUUACCGUUGAGUCCGUCGGUGACAGCUUCGGUUACAAAUCUGUUGAAGGAGUUCAAUGAGAAUUAUAGGAUUGAACAAACAGAUGUUGCUCUUUAUUUAGCAUGGAAGAGUAGAGCUUUGGCCACAUUUUCUGUUUGGAAACCCAAGCUAGAUGAGGAUUCUUCACUCAUAAUAUAG